AAGUGUUUCUCUUGAAGAUGGUGGUUUGUAUGUCGGGAUUAGUCAGUCUUUCCCCCUUAUUUUGAUUCCUUUAAAGCUGCUCAAGUACGCAAAUCAUUUAUCAUACGUUUCUCUACUUAGUUUACUGAAUUUCUUUGUCGAUAAAUAUUCACUGUGAUUUUUUCGUCGGGAUGAUGCAGGGAGCUUCAAGGCUUGUGAUAAUACAAAAUAUGUGACGAUCUCGUUAAUUUGGUUUAGUGCGUUAAUUUGGUUUAGUGCUUAAGAUAAACGGGACAAUUUGAAAAAUUAGAUCGAUUUAUUAUGGAGGUCAACGUAGAACUAAGAUGUUCGGAUACAAAGCGAACGGAGCAUAUAAAAAUUACCGUCAACGACUGGGACAGUAAAUGUGUAAAGGACCUAAAAGAGAUUUUUGAAAAAGAGAUUCAAGUUCCAUGUUGUGAUCAGAAACUGUAUUAUCAAGGAAGACAAUUUGGGAAUGAUAACUCCUUUCCUAUUGUGAAAUUAUACUUUCGGGAAGGUGACACCGUAAAUUUAGAAUGCAUUUCACAAGGAAACCUCAAGGAAGUGAAAAAUUUGUUAAAAGAUAUUAAGGAGUUUUCAGACUUCAUUUUCAGCAAGGAUCAAACUGAACUUCUGACAGUCAACGAAUUAACGCAAGAUGAUGGCAUUUCAUAUCUGAAUUAUGACCAUGUAGGUGAAGCAUUAGAACUGUUGUCAUUUGAAUAUUUUAUUCCUUGGAAAAAUCUCAAGUCUGUAGUCCACCGUCAUUACUUUGUACAAGAAGGUGGUUUUGAUUCUUUUAUGGAAGUUUUAAAGUUUGCAAACAAAAGGUACUCAUUGGAUGGAAGUCUGAUGGCCAGGAAAUAUCUUGGAGAAUGUAAUAAAGGUGAUUUGGAUGUAUUAGAAAACCACCUAAAAAUGUUGAAUGAUCAGCAGAUGCAGUUGCAUGCACACUGCCUGAGCUUGCUCUGGAAUUUCUCCGAGACUUGGCAUGAUCGCAGAUUGUUGAUACAGAAAGGAGGGCUCCCUUAUGUUGUCAAGGCUCUGCUUGCCGACCCUGAUGGGUACUCAACUUCUUCUGAGGAGUACUGGGAGGUUGCAAGAAUCAAUGAAACAGCUGUUGGCUGCCUUGUUCAGUAUGCAGAAUUCCCUGAUUGUCAGGAGGUGAUUGCUCGAAGUUCGAAAACUGUCAAUAAACUGAUAUUUAUGAUGGCCACAUCAAGGAAUUUUAGCUUCCCCUUGGAUGUCAGACACUCAACUACCUACUCAAAAUAUGCUUCCCAGAUUGCUGCAAAUACUUUGUUCUGCUGUGCAUGCAGUUUGGAAACACCAAAGAUUCUGGUGGAAAAUGGUAUGCAUAAGAAGAUGAUAAACCUCAUGAAAGAAGCCAAUAUCAAUGACAUGGCCACCAGUUACUACUGCACCUUGUUCCUUGCAAGAAUAAGGUCAUCUGCAUUGGUUCAGUUGGAUCCUGAAACAGCUCAAAACAUAGAUGAUCUCAUUGUUGUCUUUCUUGAAGAAUACUCACCUACUGAAGUGUCAACAUGGGAAGAAAGACAUAACUAUGUCUGGGUCACCAUGAUACCCUUUGUAAGUUUGGCCUUUUCUGGGAAACAGUUUGGAGGGGAAAGACCUGGUCUAGAUUACAAGAAGUCAGAAAAAGAAGGUGGUAAUCAUUGUCACUCAGGCAAACAUGCUGAUUCUGCAAGCUGUGAUCCUGGAUCCUGCAUCAAAGGUCCAACAUUAAUUCCCAGAAUGCCCGGGUCUUCAGAGACUCAACAACUUGGACUUUUUACACUGGAGCACAUGCUGCAUUCAAGUGAAAACCGACAGCUUGUGGAUGGUGAACAUCUGUUGCCAUAUCUCCACUGUCUAUGUUGGUAUGUUGAUUCAGAAGAUGGAAGGGUUCUGAAAGAAGAAUUGACCAAGCAUUGGACUCCAAGUCCUGCACCUCUUAAGAUAAUUUGCAAAUCAAGUUUGGCUUUUCAACAUGGAUUUGAGGUUGCUUUUAAAAUGUGAAACUGAGCAGUCAUCAGUUUCCUGAUUUGGUUGUUUGAUCUUCACAGUAAUGUGAUACUGAUCAGCAGUGAGAAUCAUUUUCAUCGCGGCUCAGUGCAUGAAGUUUAUAAAUUAGGAUCUUUUGUAUCACUCAGAAACAUCACAACCCCCCCACCAAUCUCAAUUUUUCAUUGCUCCAUUCAUGGAAUUUUAAACACCAUGGGCACCUUAACUCAAGUUUUACGAUGACAACUACAACUGUUCUUAGCUUCAUCUCUCUCCAAAGGUGGUUGUUAAGAAAUGCCACUCUACCAGAGAAGAUUUCCAAAUCAUUUUAGAUUAAGUAAAGUACUAAUUAAAGUGCUUACCUUUUGAUGGAAGUUUUAUCAAAUGGAAUUCAGUUUGAAAAGCUUUGUUUUCUACUUCCAUCCACGUUGAAUAUCACUUUUUACUGAUUUAACCAUUGAAAAAAAAUGAAUUUAAUCAGUUGAAAGUACAAAUGGUUGCUAUUGUAUGUGUAUGAGAAUUUUGUACAUACUUAUUUGCACAGAAAAUGGUAAGCAAUAAUUGGUCUGUUUCCACAAGUUUUAAUUAUUAUAAUAUUAUUACUAUGAUUGAAUUCAUGGCUUUUGUCUUUUUGAGAACAGCAAAUCUUUUCCCUAGUUGUACAAUCAAGCAGUAUUAAUUGUUACCUGUAAUGUAAAUAAUUUAUAGUAAGCUAUUAUUUUAACUUUCUAACACUAUUCUCAGAUAACAAUUAUACCACAAAUAUUUCAUUGCAAAUAUUUUAUCGUUAGUUUGAAAACCAGGGUUGAGAUUGACAAAAUAAAUGAUGGUUAGCAUGUUG